AGUUAAAAUCGGUUAUUUCUCUCAAUAACGACGUUGGUGUGUUUAAAGAUCUUUAAAAAAAGAUUGUAAAGUUUACGGCGUUUGCAAAAGAAGUAAGAAACAUGCUGAAUUAUGGAAUCUUCAUCAAUGGCUGCUGAUUCUGUAAGAAGUUUAGUACUGGUAGAAAACGAAACGUACGAAUUAAUAGACGGCGACGGUAAUUUCUACGUUAGCAAAACAAAUUUAGGUCCAACAUAUCCCACAAACGAUCCAUUCUCAAAUUUUUCCAAUCCCGAUCUCGACGAGCAAAUCUCUUCGUUAAUCCCACCACAAUCAAACAUGGAACCGAUUUUAAUAAACGAUUACGCAAAAAUGAAUUUUUUCACGCAAGCAAAUGCAAAUGUUACGAUAUAUCUUAACACCGAUAACGGUGGUAGUUUUAUCAACAACGAUACGUGCAUAAACAAUGAAGUAAUCGAUCUCACCACAAAUAAUUCCAACAUUAUCGAUGAUGUUAAAAAACAGCCUCACCAAAAAGAAAAUCAAGAUUUACCCGAAUUUAUCGAUAUAUCCCAAUUGAAAAUACCUUUUCCAGAGGUUCAACUAAAAAAUAAAGAUGAGGAAAAAGAUAAACAAAUCAUUUCUUCCGACAUUACUGAAACUGAAACAGGAGAAGAUGACAAUGAUGUAGUUUUCGUUAAAGAAUACACAAUUCAUAAUACAACAAUCGACGAAGAUGUUGUUCCUUUAGAUUUAAGAAGUAGAAACGAAGAAAAAGAUAAAGUAGUCCAAGAACCAAGAAGAAACCCAAAAAGAACCGUACAAAUUCUUAAAGAAUAUUAUAGUAGUUUUAAAUAUAGUCCGGAUUUUUACGGAACCGGUAAAAGAAAACGGGAAUGUUGUGACACAAAAAAGAAGCUAGGUGCAAUUCUUAAUCCACCACCGCUUUUAACUAACGAAAAUUUUAAAGAAUGGCCGGUUGAAGGAAUGCAUGAAAAACCCGUUUACAACCCAACAUCGAAAAAAUUAGAAAUAUUUGGAAAAGAGAAGAAAAAAGCUCCGGUGAGAAAAGUGAAAGAAGUUGUUAAAAAACGAACCUUCAAAAAAGGUAAACGCCGAAUAUGUAAAAAUAAAAUUCAAGAAGAGGUCAAUGAGGGAGUUUCAAAAGAAUUUGCGACGUUAACUCACGAAACUUUACAAGAAGUUAUCGGUUAUGUUCAACAAAUAAAAGAUUAUAAUAGUAUUGUCAAAGAAGAAAAGAAACUGAUAAACUUGGAAAGUUUAAAACAACUUGUUACAGAUUCUUGUGUUUUAUACAGUAUAGCAAAUGACGUUCCUCAAAAAUCUGUAUCAAAAUAUUUGAAGACAAUUAGAAAAGAUAUUAAAUUGUGA